UUUUUUUUAAAUUGUUUUCUUUUUUCAUGGAGGAUUUCUCUCUUUGCUGUCUUUUAUACCUUUUCAAUAUUCUCUACGUUUCGUAUGCCUUAUUUUAGAAUACAUACGCCUCUACAUACACGUAAACACAAUUCUGUAUAUUAGUAUAUAAAACAAGAAAUAACGCCUGCUUCACACAUUUAUCAAUACCUGAAAUAAACAAAAAGGAGAUUCGAUCAAACAAAAACGAAAAACGAAAAACCACAAAAGGAGAACCCCCAAAUAAAGAGAAAACCUGCAAAGAAGAGGAACAGAUUCUGAAAUCAUCAAUGGCCAAGAAAGUGAGAAAGCUUCACGUAUCGGUGAAGCCGGUUAGGCUCCACGGUUUACCGGUUGUUCUCGGAGGCGAAACGGCAGCAAAGAAUGUUUUUGCGAUGGUGGAGUUGAAAUGGAAAGGACCGGUCUCUGGUUUCGGAUUGGGGCUCGUCCCUUUCUAUCGGUCAAACCGACCCGUCAACCACACGACCUCUAAACCGAUUGCUUUGGGCGCAAGCCAUGUGGAAUGGGAGGAUGAGUUCGAACGAGUUUGUUGCAUUGUUGGCCCGUGGAACCUUUCCUUCACUGUCUUUCACGGGGAGACUAUAGACGCAAAAAACAAAAAGGCUAUCGUCGGAAAAGCGUCGUUGGAUUUGGCGGAGUUGGCUACGAAACUUGAAUCAGCGGUGGAGAGAAAGCUUCCGAUUAGGUCAAAGGGUUUACUUUGGAAGGAAGCAACCCUUGUGGUCAACGUGACUUUUUCUGAAGUAAGAAACGAACCGGACGACUUUACCCAACUCGGUCCGGUAACGGUUGACUCAGCGAUUACGACGAAUAUGCCAAGUCGUCGCGGCGGAAUGGAUUUCGAUUCCUCUUCCUCACCGGCCACCGCUUCUAAUUCCGGCGGAGUCAGCCCAAUUCUAGGAACGGGGUCGAAUUCAAGCCCGGAGAACCAGUCUGAACCGGGUCAUAAAGCCGGGUUUAACUGGUGGAAGAGACGACGGUUAAGCUUUUCCAUGACCUGGAGAAGAGAACCGAGAGAGGAGGAGGAAAGUACAACAAAGACACCGUCGGCGACGGAAUCAGAAAAGCCGGCGACGGAGUUAUCGAUCGAGCCGAACAGAUGGGUGGCGAAGGAUCUAGCGAGCCGCGACGGAAAAUCGAAGCUGAGAUCGGAAGUCUACACGGCGUCGAUUGAUCAGAGAAGCGAACAAGCCGGCGGAGAAGCAGCCUGCGCGGCGGUUGCGGUGGUGGUGGCCCAUUGGUUCCAAGCGAACCCUCGGCUAAUCAAUCCCUCGGAAACGGAAUUCGAUUCGCUGAUCACGCAAGGAUCUUCCUUAUGGCAAUCCCUCUCCGACGAAGAGUCUUACCUGACGCUGUUCCCGGACAGACAUUUCGAUCUGGAGACGAUCGUAUCCGCCAAGCUACGGCCGGUCAGGGUUUGCACCGAUAAAUCGUUUACUGGGUUUUUCAGCCCGGAGAGGUUCGCUUCGCUGGAGGGUUUAAUGUCGUUUGAUCAGAUCUGGGACGAAGUGGAGAAAGAGGUAAGGGCUGCGUCGGAGAUUGUGGAGUCUAGGGUUUAUAUUAUGAGCUGGAACGAUCAUUUCUUUGUGGUGAAAGGAGAUAUAGAUGGGUAUUGUGUGAUUGAUUCGUUAGGGGAGAGACUGUUCGAAGGUUGCAAGCAAGCGUACAUUCUCAAGUUUGAUGAUUCGAGUUUGAUGUAUGAGAAAGAGGCAUCCUCGGAGAAAUUGGUUUGUAAAGGUAAAGAGUGUUGCAGAGAGUAUAUAAAGAGGUUUCUUGCGGCGAUUCCGGUGGCGGAGUUGGCGGCAAAAGAGGAGAAAGGGAAUGUUGAUGUGUCUCUUCUUCAUGAGAAACUUCAGAUUGAUUUGCAUCAUAUACUGACUGUUGAUUAGAGAUUUGUUGUUCUGACUUUUUGACUAGUGUAGAAUUGUUAGGAUUGUGAGAUUAGAGAGAGUAUUUUGUACAUAUGGUUCGUUAUAACUCUCAGCUUAAGGCACUGUGUUGGGGAAAAAACAAUAAGAAGUUUCCAUUUGUCUGUUGGUGUUGGUACUAGAAUCCAAACAAGGUUUUUACUUUUUGUCUUGUUUGGAGUAUUGUAAGGUAGAACAGAGAAAGGUAAAACAAAGUGUAGCUUAGGUUUUAUGUUCUUAAUUAUAUUCAGAUGGAAGUGUUGAAGCUCUUAUUGUAGAGUGUAGAAUCCACGAAAAAUGGGUUCAUGGUAAAAUCAUUCAUGGUUGAUAAGAUAUGGUAUUUUUAAUGCAUAUAUGUCAUGGCUGGUUCUUUGGUUGGUUGAGUGGUGUGUAUGGUCGACCUCUGGUUCAAUUUCUAAUUUGAUGGCCACAUCAGUAUAGAAAAUAGUAGGAAGCUUUCAAUAUCUCUUUCAACUAGAUAUCUCUUGCUGUUAACAAACUAUAUCAAUUCAUGUAUCAACCUACAAAGUGUCCAUUGGCACGCCGUCAAUUAACUUCUAAGAUAUCAUAACAAUUCUAGCUCAAAGGUCCGGCUAUGGUUAAAGCUCAGGUUCUAGUUCGAGCUGCAUCAUGAACUCUGGCUCUAGUUGUAACAAGAAAAUUUGACAAACUUCAGCUAAAGCAUACUAAGGGUUUGGAUCUACACAAAACAUUGGCUCAAUUCAGUGCAUGGAGAUGGCUCCUCUCGAUGUUGUAUUAGAGACAAACAGGAGCAUUUCAGUUCUUUAUGACCCAUAUAUGUGGGUGGCGGAACUCCUGCUCUAGUUGUGAAACUAGAGUUUUUGGCCAAACAGCUUAUUAUAUCUACGUCACUAAUUUUGUUUUUCUGGCUUCCUCAUCCUUUUAUACUAAACUUUGUAGAUUUAUCAAUAUGUAUAUCUUUUUAGCUAACAUAAAAUGUCUCAACUGACUAUGAAUCAGGGCCGGUCCUGAAUAGAAGCUGAUGUAAUAUGUGCUUCAGGCUGGUUAACCCUAAAUAUUUUUGGAGACCAAUGUAACAUAUGUAUUAUGUAGCUCUACUCGUAAAUACUCGUAAAUAUAUAAUAUAGAUCAUCUAAUAAGCUGGGUUUAAAUCUCCAAAACUUAGUUUUUAUUAUUUUCACGUUUUUUUGUCACUGAAAUAAUUUUCAAAAUUUUGAUAUCCAAAACUUAAUGUUUUUAGGAAAACAAAGAGAAGACA